AUGUGCAGCAAUUGUGGAUAUGUUAUGAAGCUGAAAUUGUGUUGCUUGAGUUGCUUCUUCUCUCCUGAACUGUACAACCCACCACCAGAAUUGGUGAGAAAAUUAUGCGGCGAAGAAGGUAACUUGAGGAUUUUCAGUCUGCAAGAAGUAAAACUGGCGACUCAAAACUUCUCUUCUGCGAACAAGGUUGGGGAAGGUGGCUUCGGCUCUGUUUACAAAGGUCGGCUCCAAGAUGGUUCAGUGGUGGCUGUGAAGGUUCUUUCAGUAGAGGUGGAAUCGAUGCGCGGGGAGAGAGAGUUCGUUUCUGAAUUAUCUGCACUUUCCAACCUCAGACAUGACAACCUCGUCAUUCUCCAAGGAUGUUGUGUAGAAGGGUCGGAUCGGUAUUUGGUCUAUGAGUAUAUGGAGAACAACAGCCUUACACAUACACUGCUUGGCAAUGAGCAGAACAGAAUGAAAUUCAGCUGGGAAGCCAGGCGGCAUGUUUCAGUUGGGGUUGCUCGUGGGAUUGCUUAUCUUCACGAAGAGGUCAAGCCUCAUGUGUUGCAGAGAGACAUUAAAGCAAGCAAUAUACUACUGGAUGAUCAUUUUACACCCAAAGUUUCAGAUUUUGGUCUCUCUACUAGAACUCUGAGAGACAACAGUUCCUACGUCAGUACAAGAGUUGCUGGAACAUUGGGUUAUCUUGCUCCGGAGUGUGCUGUCAGCGGCCACUUGACAUGCAAAUCAGAUGUUUAUGGCUACGGGGUUUUGCUCGUGGAGAUUAUAAGCGGUAGAUCAGUUGUAGAUUUUGAUGUUGAACUUGGUGAGCAUUACCUGGUUCAAAAGGCUUGGAGCAAUUUCAGAGCAAAGAAGCUUCUGCAGAUAGUAGAUCCUGCUCUGAAUAUGAACUACCCAGAAGAAGAAGCUACACGGCUCUUGAAGAUCAGCCUUCUUUGUGUGCAAGAAACAGCCAAGCGCCGGCCUACAAUGUCAACCGUGGUUCAGAUAUUGAGCAAUGAAAUCGAAUUGGAAAGUUACGAGAUUUCUGAACCUGGGCAUCUCAGUGAUCUAAUGGGGAUUAGAUUGCACAAACGGUACACAUCUCAGACUAGUUCUUCAAAGAGCUCAACCACCACAAGCCUGCAAAGUACUGCACAUUUUUGA